AGCGGCUCUUCCUCUCGCCACUAAUGAAGGAGUCCCCAAGACGAGCCACUCGGUGUCCCAAACAGGUCCGGACCCCGUCUCGUACAACAGCAGCAGCAGCAGGAUGCAUCACAUGCUAUGGAUAUACGUCGCCCUCACCGUCCUGCCGGCUUUCGCCUCGGACGAGUGUGACAUGGAGACGAUCCGGGAGAAGGUGAAUGCCACCAACGAGCGACUCCGGAGGACGGACUACAAGGAUGGACACGCGUACUCCAAGCAAACUUGCCAGGAGCUGGAGAUCCUGUUUAGCGCCAUCGAGUCUCGGAUCGGGCGCUGUGCUGACUCGGAGAGGAAGCGGUUCAGCCUGCUCGUCGAGAGUGGCCGCAACACGGCGGAACACAAGUGCCGGGACGCACUCGACAGCGAGGCGAAAACGUACAUCAACUGCUUGCGAAACUACAACCACAGCGGGGAUCAGUGCUCUGAGAGGCUGCGCACCCUUAAGGACCAGUACAAGGAAUACUCCGAGGGGCUCACCAACACAAACGACGUCUGCUGCGCCUACCACUCGUACCACAAGUGCCUGGGUGACCGCUUGGGGAGCGCCUGCGGGGAAGACGCCCGCCAGCACGUCGAGCUGUACGCCGACAAGCUGACCAACCGGCUGCUGUACAACUUCUGCCGAAACUACGAAACGUCGGUGUGCGUGGAUGUCGACGCGGGUACGACGCGACUCGCCAGCGCUGCAAGAACCGCGCUGGCAUCAGCGGUUCUCGCGUACGUCACCGGCUACCUGUUGUGGUAGCUGCCCGUGCGCGCAGAUGCACCUUCGCACGGUGCCGCUAUAGUCCGGGCUGUACACUACACGUGGAAGCUAUAGAGGCGGCGAACUAGACGCGUGCAUUCGAGGCACCGCUACCUUGCUCAAGCCGAAUUCUCGCGCGCACCUUUCGAAUGCUUUGAUCUCUAACUGCUGAGUAGCAGGAUGUGGGCAUGGACGAAAAUUUGGACUUCAAUUAAGGCCAGCCGACUGUGCGAUAUGGUAGAAAUUUAUGGCUACAGACUCAAAAGCAUGAGAAGUAAUGGGACGAAGUAUGGUAUGAAGAACUUUAUUUAGGUCCUGAGCGAUCAGUCUGGGACUGAUGCGGGCCGCUUCCACGUCGGGACAGAAAGGAGAUACGCCCGUGUUAGGUAUGAAUUAUCAUGAGAAAAACACGAAAUGUAUGCUGCAGCAAAAAUAAUCAAUCCUUAGGACAAAGAAAGGAAAAAAGAACGAGGGGCACGAGACUCACGUAUAUAUACCAGCAUACAUAGCUGCUACGCUUGACUGUGAUUUAACGAAAUUUCUCAUCACCGACCCUAAUUGGAAUAUAUUUUUUAAUCCGAAUGUGGAACUAUAGAUUCAUUCUCACUGGAGUGUUGGGACUAAACGCAAAAAUUGAAUUUGUUGAUAGAGACGAGAAAAUUGUUGUCUGCCGCGAUAACCCGUAGCAGAACAUCCGGCCGUGGAUAGCGGCUACAUGAAGUGCUGCAGUUAACGGUACGCCUGCGUGCCUCUAGCGUUUAUAGUGGCUGUAUAGUGCUCACUGAUGCUUUUUUAUGCACACAUUUCAUGUUUUCCAUUUAAAGGUUUAGCUGGAGGUUUGCACAUGUACAUUCGUUCAUUUCGAUUGGAGUGGGUCUGUUAAUCCUUAUAGUUUGUACAAGUCCAGUUCAUUGUCAUGUAAAGGAAUGUUCGCGCACAAAGCAUAUUAUUAAAGUUAGCAGUAUAAUACGGUGUUUAUUUUGCUGCUGUUCACAAUAUGCAAAGGGUCAUGUUGGGUGAAAUUCAGUUGCGGUCAAGAAACACAAAUAACCUAGAAUUCACUAGAGGCUCUCAUGAGUAUUCUUCACGAUCGAUGCUACGCAUUUGGAUUCCGCGCCUCGAGACAACACAUUAGAGAAUUGACAAACGCUCCUCGCGUAUUACUCGUAUCUAAAGCAGCGCAACCACAGAAGUGAGAGCAUCCUGAGCGGAUGCUUGCAUAACAUAGUGCACACCACUGCUGUAUUGUACAGACAGUGUAAGUGAUUUUCUUAAUGUUUCACAUGUCAGUAACAUGAAUUCGUAUAAUUGCGUUAAAGCUACGCUGUUUGAUUUGUUGAAUUUCUCUGUACUUUUCAAUGAUCACGAAUUAAAACAGUAAAGUAGAAAA